AUGUCAGUAGAACAAAGAAUGGAAGCUAUAGCUAAAUGCACAGUUCUGGUGGUAUGGAUUGUCGAGUCGGUAGAACAAAGAAUGGAAGCUAUAGCUAAACGCACAGUUCUGGUGGAGGAACAUACUAUUACCGUUACAUAA